UCUCUGCUUCUUCUUCUUCUUCUUCCACCUUCCAAGUUCUAGCAAUUGUUGGUAGCUUGCUAAUCCGGAACACUCACUCGGAACAAUGGUGAUCCCUGUCAUUGACUUCUCAAGGCUCGACGGAGAUGACAGGGCGGUGGCUCUGAUGGAGAUCGCCGCCGGGUUCGAAGAGUGGGGGUUCUUCCAGCUGGUGAACACCGGCAUCCCCGAUGAGCUGUUGGAGAGGGUGAAGAAGGUGUGCAGCGAUUGCUACAAGCUGCGCGAGGAGGGGUUCAAGGAGUCCAACCCCGCAGUCAAGGCCCUCGCUGCCCUGAUUGACCAGGAAGGCGAGGGCCUCCCCGCGAGGAAGGUCCAAGGCAUGGAUUGGGAGGACGUCUUCACCCUCCAUGACGACAUGCCUUGGCCCUCCAUCCCCCCCACCUUCAAGGAGACGAUGAUGGAGUACAGGAGGGAGCUGAAGAAGCUGGCGGAGAAGAUGCUGGGGGUGAUGGAGGAGCUGUUGGGGCUGGAGGAAGGGCACAUCACCAAGGUCUUCUCCAAGGACGGUGACUUCGAGCCCUUCUACGGCACCAAGGUGAGCCACUACCCGCCGUGCCCGCGGCCGGAGAUGGUGGACGGGCUGCGUGCCCACACCGACGCCGGCGGCCUUAUCCUGCUCUUCCAGGAUGACCGCGUCGGCGGAUUGCAGGUGCUGGGCCACGACGGCGUCUGGGCCGAUGUCCAGCCAGUCGAGAACGCCAUCGUCAUCAACACCGGCGACCAGAUCGAGGUGAUGAGCAACGGGCGGUAUAAGAGCGCCUGGCACCGCGUGCUGGCCACCCGCGACGGCAACCGGCGAUCCAUCGCCUCCUUCUACAACCCGGCACGCAUGGCCACCAUAUCUCCAGCGACACCCGCCACCACCGACACCAACUCUGACUACCCAAGCUUCAUGUUCGGGGACUACAUGGAGGUGUACGUGAAGCAGAAGUUCCAAGACAAGCAGCCCAGGUUCGCCGCAGCGGCAGCGACAGCCAAGGAAUUGGUGGAGUGAAGACUGAACUGAUCAACCUGAGCCCAGCAGACAGCAGCAGACAACAUGUCUAUGCACCUGCAGAGCUUCAGAUUCAGCUUCAGCUUCUUCUUGCCCUGUUAAGUUACUUAAUUAAGUGUACAAUUAAUUACAUACGGGUUUUUGUGAUAUAACUAAAUAGGUUUGUUAAGUACAGAUGUGUGUUAGUGCCAUUCGGCAGUCUACUCUCUCGGAAGCCAUAUAAACAUAUAUAAUAUAUAUGGUGGCAUGAGAGACUGUCAGAAUGUGCUGUGGUCAACAGAUGCCAUAGAGUGAUUUGUAGCUUGGAGUGGCAUCUAGUACCUCUAUGGGUUCAUCUUUCUUUCCUUUUUUUUUUCUUUUUAAUGUUUGGGUUUUAAUGUGGUUUGUAAAUGUACAUUAGUGGGAGAUGUGAGGAGAUCCUGUGAAUGAAAAUGUAUUGGUGGGGUAUAAUACAGUAUCAAGUUUCAGUUCACAUA